AUGGCAGAGCCUGCCCUUCUCCCCACCACCCAGAUGGAGAGGCUGGCCCUAGUGUCUCUGGCCUCACCGUGUCCCCGGAUCCCACGGGCCCACAUCGCCAGGUGGCCGGGGCACUGUGCACGGCGCUGGACUGACCUGAGCUGCAGCUCUGGCCCCUCAUCAGGCCCCAUGAAUCAGCUUCCGCAGAAGAAGCCCCUGCGAGCCCGCCCUGCUGAACGCUCCCACUCCCGGCUGUCUUCGGCGGAGAGCUUGUCCAUGGACGGCUUUUGGAUGGAGGUGGAGCGGAUCCAACAGCGGGAUCAGCUGAGAGAAGAGGAGGGCAGCGGAGGCCGGCCACCCGAGGAAGGAGAAACUGAAUCCCAGUGGCUGCAGGACACAGGCCUGUCAUACCUCCUCGGUGGCCUGGGCUUGAACAGUCAUCACCAGGGGCUCCUGUCCACCCUUACACAGACCCAGGUGGCGGCUGUGUGCCGCCGGCUGGACAUCUACACCCGCUCAUCCCGAAGACGCCAUAAGCCACCUGUCAGAGAUGUCCGGGACAUCUUUGGGGGCUUCAGUGCAGGGGAAACACCUUCAGAGGAUGGGGAUUCAGGGAUGAAAUGGACCCAGCUCAGUUCCGGGACACCUAAGUCUCCUCCAGCGGCAGAGCCCGAGGGGUCGCUCGCCCAGCCCGGGAGGGAGGAGGCCUUCCACAUGGACUCCGCCUACUCAGAACAGGCCGCCCUGCUCCUACAGAGGGGCAGGCAGCCCCUCGGAGGCACCGGUGCCUGGAGCAAGGUUUCCCUGCCGAAGUUCAGGGUCCCCAAAGGCAGGCUUGGCUUGACGACGGUUGCAGACCUGUCCUCGCAGGACAUGAAGAAGAUCUCCGCUUUGGCCCUCAUCGAGCUGACUGCGCUCUGUGACGUCCUUGGCUUGGACCUGAAGAGGAGCAAGGCAGGCAAGCUGAAGGCAGCAGACACGUGCCUUUUUGGCGUGCCCCUCGAAGCCCUGCUAGAAGCUGACCGCAAAGCCCUCCCCAGCACCCAGGUGCCGCUGGUACUUCAAGCUCUGCUGUCCUGUUUGGAGAAGAGAGGGCUGGACAUGGAAGGCAUCCUCAGGGUGCCUGGAUCCCAGGCCAGGGUCAAGGGGCUGGAACAAAAGCUGGAGAGAGAUUUCUACACUGGCCUGUUUAGCUGGGAUGAGGUUCGCCACAAUGAUGCCUCCGAUUUGCUCAAAAGGUUUAUCCGGGAGCUGCCGGUGCCUCUGCUCACUGCUGAGUACCUCCCGGCCUUCACCGUGGUGCCCACCAUCCCCGACCCGAGGCAGCGCCUGCAGGCCCUCCACCUGCUCGUCCUCAUCCUCCCGGAGCCCAACAGGAACGCCCUGAAGGCACUCCUGGAGUUCCUUAGGAAGGUGGUGGCCCGGGAACAGAGCAACAAGAUGACGCUGUGGAAUGUGUCCACGGUAAUGGCCCCUAAUCUCUUCCUGCACCGAGGGCAGCCCCCCAGACUCUCCAAGGGCAGGGAGAAGCAGCUGGCAGAGGGCGCAGCCGAGGUGGUGCGGAUGCUGGUGUACUACCAGGACCUGCUCUGGACGGUCUCUUCUUUCUUGGUUGCCCAAGUGCGAAAACUGAACGACAGCAGUGCCCGGCGCCCCCAGCUCUGCGACGGGCCCCUCAGGACUUGGCUGCGAAGGAUACACGCAGACAGGGACAAAGCAGAGGAUGGUCCAGAGGCGACUCCCAAAGUGGCAAAGAUCCAGGUGGCCUGGCUUAUCAAAGAUACCCUGGAGGUGCCCCUGACCCCCAGCACCACAGUGGCUCAUGUCCUCAGGCAGUUCACAGGGCGCCUCAGUCCUGGUUUACAGGGUCAAGAGGGCAGUGAGGACAAGGACAACCUCCUCCCAUGCAGCCGGUGGAGGAAGUCAGCCGACCUCGUUCUCUGCGAAGUUGGAGGGAAUAUCAGUGAGCAUCGCCUGGACCCAGAUGCCUACCUCUUAGAUCUGUACCGCGCCAACCCCCAUGGCGAGUGGGUCAUUAAACAGAACCCCACGUAA